AUGGGUGGAAACACAACAAGCAUUUUACAAGGGUUACCACUAGUAACAACCCUUGUCUUGCCCUUAGAGCAACUCUACCCAUUUGCCUUCAGGCAUGGCAAGGGGGGAGAUAGGGCAGCUACUAUUCACAGUUUAGAAUUCAUACUCCAUUCAUUCUCAAUUGAAGAUUUUAGGAGAUGCUUGAAGAGGCAAGAGCGAGAAACAAAUAAGAGAAACCGUAGAUCAGAUGAAAUCAAUGAGUUGCAGAGAGAAGUCGAUGAACAAAUUGUUAUAGCAGUGGCUUUGCAAGAUGAAGAGAACCAAGGUCGUCGCCAUUUGUUCAAUAAAGCCAUGCAUGAUAUUUGCAAUUAUGAUGCAUACUUUGUUCAAAAGUGUGAUGUUGUUGGGGUUUUGGGACUUCCUCCAAAGCAAAAUCUUACAGCUGUUAUACGAAUGUUGGCGUAUAGAGCAUAUGCUGAUCAGGUGGAUGAGAUUGCCCGGAUGGGGAAGUCCACUACGUUGGAGGCUUUGGUAAGAUUUUGUGAUGCAGUUGAAACUCUGUACACUAAGGACUACCUACGUAGACCUACUCCCAGGGACCUCCAACAGCUUCUACAAAAAGUCGAAGCUCGAGGAUUUUCAGGAAUGAUUGGUAGCAUCGACUGCAUGCACUGGCAAUGGAAGAAUUGCCCAACUGCCUUGCAAGGUGAUUACGGAAAUAGAAAAGGCCAAAAAAGUAUCAUCCUUGAAGCCGUUGCUGGCUUCGACACAUGGGUUUGGCAUGCCUUCUUCGGAGUAGCCGGAUCCCAAAAUGACCUCAACGUGCUGGAUCAAUCCCCGGUCUUCAACAAUGUUUUAAGAGGCCAAGGCCCCAAUAUCACCUAUCAAGUCAACAAUACAGUCUACCAUACGGGGUAUUAUCUAGCUGACGACAUCUACCCGAGGUGGACCAUAUUUGUCAAAUCCAUUCCGAAUCCCCGAUCCCAUAAGCAAAAAUUAUUUGCUACAUAUCAAGAAGGAUACAGGAAAGAUGUCGAAAGGUGUUUUGGCAUCCUUCAAGCUCGGUGGUUGAUUAUUCGAAGUGCGGCCCAGGUCUACAAACCGGAUCCAAUGAACACGGCCUUGACACAGAUUUAUGACAUGCCCAUGAGGCCAAGUGGAGAACCGUUUGAGCUGGAACCGUUGGUGAGGGAUGGUCGUUUCAUGACCUGGAUGAUAGAUUGA